AUGGUGAGCAGGUAUAGAAAUCCUGAUGUUCCGCCAGCUCUGCCGCCAAGACUCGCCAAACCUAGACGAGGCAAUCUGCCCAACAGUAGCUCACCUAGCCCAAAUUUUUCAUUUAGGGACUCACCAAAUGUCCAGGCAGCUUCGAGACGACCCAGUGUUCAGUCUCUAAGGUCAAAGAAUCAGCAUUAUAGACCUGAAAACCUUCCUGAGAUGACUGCCUCGGAUCUUCGUGAAAAACCGAGGAAUGAGCUCGUCUUAAUGCUUCUGCAGCUGAAUCAUGAAAAGGCCAAUCUACAGCGGUGGAAGAACUACUUCAACGAGCAAAUUGCGACCCUUAUACCCAGUGCCGAAACGGAUCCAAAAGCUCGGAAAAAGGUAGACUCUCUGCGUCUGGAACUAAAGGAUGUUGAAGAACAGCUAAAAAGUUGCACACCUAUCAUUACUUUUCUAAAUAACAAAAUUCGGCUGAAUGAUGUCUACGCUGCUGACGGAUUGGACUAUGAAAAGCCAAACGCAUCACUCUCCCGUCGAAAGAGCAUCGAAUUUCUGCAUCGUGAGGAAGAACGUGAAGUGGCACAAGCUCUCCAGGCUGAAGUCUGUAAGGACACAAAGGCACUUUCCCAGACCUAUGGUAUUGUAACAUCUGCGGACAUGUUGGAAAGUCGGCAUCAACCGGUGACAGAGUUGGAUCACACUCAACGGCUUUUAGACUAUCCCGAAGACGCGGACCUCAGAGAGCGAAGGCUUCAAUUGGAGGCGCAGGUGAAACAGCUUGAUGAUCUCUGGCGAGAGGCCUGUGACUAUACGCCGCCGCAAGCUGCAAACACCUCUAAAAUCGGCGCUGUCUUCAUCGAUUUCCUUAGUCACAGCCCUGACUUAGCCAUCUAA